CUUGCCGAGAGAGACCCGUGAGUCCAUAGCCGGACACCCCCUUGCCGCGGCGGUUUAUCGGGAGGUGAACCCAAAUUGCCUUUCGGAAGCGAAGUCGCUGGCGAGCCGUAUCCUUCCGGAGAGCAGCUCCAUCCCGGGGCUGCGGAGGGAGCGGGCAAGAGAAACCCUCUUCCCUGGGCCGCCCAGCCCUGGAGAAUGCUCCUCUCCAAGCCCACAGCCUCUCGGAGCAGGAGGAGGAAGAAGAUGCUAUCUGGGAGAAGAUCGAGAGUGCCCGGCACCAGCUAACCCGCUCCCUAAACCCAGCGAAACUCACCCCAUACCUGCGCCAGUGCCGUGUGAUAGACGAGCAGGAUGAGGAGGAGGUGCUGAAUUCGUGCCGAUUCCCCUGCAAAAGCAACCAGACAGGUUACCUGAUGGACAUCCUUCGGCGCCGUGGGAAGCGAGGCUAUGAAGCCUUCCUGGAAUCCUUAGAGUUUUACUACCCAGAGCAGUACACACGACUAACAGGGAGGGAGCCAGCCCAGCGCUGUUCUAUGAUCCUGGAUGAGGAAGGCCCUGAGGGACUAACUCAGUUCCUGAUGAUGGAGGUGAAGAAGGUGAGGGCCCAACGCAAAGAGCUCCUGCUGAAGGAACACCAGCUCCAGGUGAAAAACCAGGCAUUGGAGCAAGAGCAGGCCCGGCUGGAGAAGCAGCUGCAGGAGCUCCUGAAGGUGCAGGAGCGUUGCCAGCGGCUGAGAGAGGAGUGGGACACCAACAGCGUGGAGCUGCUGAGGCUGAAGGACGAGAACUACAUGAUGGCCAUGCGCUAUGCGCAGCUCUGCGAGGAGAAGAACAUGGCUGUGCUGCGGAGCAGGGACUUGCAGCUGGUGGUGGACCAGCUGAAGUGCAAAGUGGCCAGCCUAGAGGAGGAGUGCAGCCUGCUGCGGAAGCAGGCAUCUGCACCCCCCCAGCAGGAGGCAGAGGAGCGGGGACACCCCGACACUGUGUCCGAGCUGCGGGCUGAGAACCAGCGGCUCACAGCAUCGCUGCAGGAGCUGCAGGGCAUGCUGCAGGCACCCGGCGAGGUCCCAGUGCCAGGCUCUGAGCAGAUCCUGCUGGACAUCCUGGAGCACGACUGGAAGGAAGCCCAAGACGACCGGCAGGAUCUCUGCCAGAAACUCAACUCCCUGCAGAAUGAGCUGCAGUGGGCCGAAGAGCUGCGGGAUAAGUACCUCCAGGAGGUGGAAGAUCUGCAGCUGAAGUACCGGACGCUGCAGAAGGACUGUGAUCUCUACAAGCAUCGUAUGAACACAGUGCUGCUGCAGCUGGAGGAGAUUGAAAAAGAGCGGGACCAGGCAAUCCAGAGCCGUGAUGGGGUGCAGCUGCAAUACUCCCAGAGCUUGAUCGAGAAGGACCAGUACCGCAAACGCGUACGCACCCUGGAGGAGGAGCGGGAUGAGCUCCUAAGCAAGCUGAGCCAGGCCGAAGGGCUGAACAGCACACUCGAGGCGCAGCUGCAGCGGUGCCAAGGCAGCCGCAGCCUGGGCAAGAUGUGCAGCUCUUCCUACUCACUCUGCUCCAACCUCAGCAGCACCUGGAGCCUUGUAGACAACCCUACGACAGGACCUGUGGAUGUACUGGGGGUUUCUGUUAUCCCUUUCCCAGGGGAUUUGGCUGUUCAGAGCAUGGAGGUGACUCCUGACAGUGAGAAGGAUAUCAACCGUCUUUCCACCUUCCCCUUCCCACCUUGCAUUGGCUCCAUCCUCCGUCGGCAGCGGGAAGAUAGGUGCAUGACCUACAAAAGCUUGUCCUGUGGCUCCUUCAGCAGCAUUGAAGAUGCAGCAGGUAGUGGUUUUGCUAGCACCUCGCUUGGGGCCUUCUCCUCUUCUUCCAGCAGCACCUACACCAGGGUGAAGUCGGAGAUUUGCUUGUCCACGCUUCCCAGCCGUGAGGAGGUCACCAGGAGGUCACUGGUGGUACAGCUCUGUAGCAUGAGUCACCCCAGCAACCCCUCACCCCAGGAGAAGAGGCUUGGAGCAGACAUCUCCAUCCUUGGAGGGAACAGGACAGGGAUUUAUGUCCAGUGGGUCAAGCCAGGCUCACAGGUCGAGGAUGCAGGACUUAGGGAAGGGUGCCGGCUUAUUGAGCUGAGAGUGCCAUCGUUGAAGGAAGAGGUGCUUUCCCUGGAGAACUGCACGCGGGAGGUUGCCUUCCUGAGCCUGCUGCAUUGGGAGGAGCCCUCUAGCCUCAUCUUUCAGCUGGACCUGGAAGGGUACCAGCCUCUGCGGGACGCCCUGGAAGAAGGGAAGAAGUUUUCUGGAGACUCCUUCUAUGUACGCACCAACCUGUCCCUCCUGGAGCCGUCAGACCCUUACGCGCUGUGCGUGAAGUGUCGGGAGAUCCUCCAUGUCACAGACACCAUGCACAAAGGGCGGCUGGAGUGGUACUGCUCCCGUGUCGACCCCUUGACCAUGCGGGACCUGGACAAGGGAACAGUGCCUAACUACAGCAGGGCUCACCAGCUUUUGAAGAUCCAGGAGAAGGGCCAGAUGCCUGUGCAGCAGAGGGGCCACAGAAAUAAUCUAAAGAAACGGGCCUUGGACCAGCUGCGCCUGGUGAAAUCCAAACCACAGAGGAGCCCAGAACAGCCCCCUCGGCAGUUGUGGAUGGACCCCUGCUCAGACCCAGACAUGAGUCUGAAGCCUUACAGCCUGGUGCGCCCUGUGGUGGUCAAGACCCCCCGUCCUGUAGUGCUUUCACCUGAUUGCAUUGCACCACGGCUCAUCAGGAACCUGCUGGACUUGCCCACCUCUCGCUUGGACUUCCAUGUAUGCCCAGCAGAGAAGCUGGCAGAAGGGGAUCCCAGCACAACUCCUGCUCGCCCUGUGUUUAGAACUGGCCCCCAGGACCGGAGGGAGAGAGGGCGAAUCCGCAUGAUCCGGGAGGCGAUGGAGAAGAAUAAACACUGCCUGCUAGAGCUGGGAGUUCAGAGUGUGAAGGAUCUAAUUAAAAGUGAGAUAUACCCCAUUGUUAUCCAUGUGGAGGUCACGGAGAAGAACAUCAGAGGACUCAGGAGCUUGCUGGGGAAGGUGGGCCAGCGGGACUCGGAGGUGCUGAAGGUGUGUCGCACUGCAGAGCAGGGUCUUCACACUCUGCCCUGCUCCUGGGCCCGUGUGGAGCCCCAUGCCUGGAGCCAUGCUGAGGAGCUGCCCAAGGUGGUUCGUGGCUGCAUCUUCCAGGAGCAAACCCGGCCCAUAUGGAUUGAGGAGGGCGACGACUGAGCUUGGGGGUAGCAGAGCUACCAGCUUCUGUCCCCAGGAGCUGUUCUCGGGCAGGAGAACAUGCAGUGUGUCCUUCCUCACCGAGGGGAUGCUGGCAGCAAAGGCCAUCAGGAGCAGCCUUUCUGGUCCCCUUGAGGCCACCAAGAGUCGGGGAGUAAGAUGUGCUGCCUCCCCUGUCUGAGCUUUCUGUGUCUUAGUGGAGAGACGUCUUCCACCCUCAUGGUGGGAAACCACCCCCAUGGGCUCUUCCCCAUCGCCUUGUCUCUGGUACGUGGUCAGAUUGCCAGAUGGGGAAUGCAGGGGUACUGUGUGGGAUCAGGCUGUCUAGGAGCGUAUCUCACACACGUUUGAAGCCCUUUUUCUAUCACCUCUGUCUACUUUGCCCUGCGGCACUGUGUGCUCCGGGUCCCCUCUUCCCCUGUCUACCUCGCCCGCGGCCCCGUGGUGCAGGGAGCAUGGCUCGUGUGCCAAUGCCCUGUCAUGGCUGGAGUGACACUAAGCUUGCGACAAACACUUGUUUUAUAGGAGCUGUACUCCUUAUUGCUUGUAAAUUAUUAAUGGAGCCUUUUAUUGGCAGAGUGCGUAUAAGGGAGAAUUAAAUACCGUUCAUAAUGGGAA